UCUGUUUUUAUUUCCCUCUCUCUUUAUUAUUUAAAUUUUAUUAUUAUUCGGGUUGUCAUAAGAAGAAACUGAACUUUUGUCUUAAUAGCAAACUUAUAAAAAGAGUGAUAAUUGUAGACACUCUAAAUUAGUUGAGUUUAUAAAAUAAAAAUAAAUAAACAUUGACGAGGGAGUUGACUCGUGCCAAAAAGCAAAGUAAAUUAAAAUGAAAAGAUUUAAUUUAAUAAGGAGUCAGUUUUGACCUUUUACUUUCUUUCUUUUUUUUGACAGAGGUACGCUUUCUUUAUAGGAGCCAUUUUUCAAAAGUAAGUUUCAACACAUAUUUUUUUAAAAUAUUAAAAUUGACUUUGCAAUAGAAUGAAGUAGUUAAGCAUUAAUUGUACCGUUUUUAAUGCAAGCAACACGUUACUUUGAAUCUUUUGAAACAUUAACUUAAAUAAUUAAAUAAUUAAAUAUGAAUUGAUAGUAAUAUAGAAUUCUAAAGCACCCAACAUUUCCAUCCUCACUUCCCAAUAGUUCACACCAACAAUUAUUUGAAUACUCAUCCUCACUUAGCAAUCGUUCACACCAACCAUUUUUUUAAUACUUCUACCCACAUGCAAUUAGUUAUUAAAUAUAAAAUACCCAUCAUGCAAUAUUUUUACUUUUUUUUUUAUUUUUUUAUUUGAAUACUUCCAACAACAAUGGAAAUUGACCAAUUUAAAGUAGGACGGAUUUCAUUUGCAUUUGUUCAUUCAUUUGCAUUUGCUUUUGAGGAUCAGUCUUUUCUAGCUGUUGCUCAUCGAAUUCAAAGCAAGGAAACUAAUAUGGCAGCUGAAAUGGUUCUCAGUUUUGCAACAGAGGAAGUAUUAAGGAAGGUGGGUUCACUGGCAUCUGAAGAAAUAAAGCUUGCGUGGGGUUUCAAGGGCGAGCUCAAAAAUCUUGAAGAUUCACUGAAAAAGAUUCAAGCUGUACUGCAUGAUGCCCAAAAACGACAAGUGAGGGAAAAGACUGUUCAAAUUUGGCUCAAAGAUCUUGAAGAGAUAGCUUAUGAUGCUGAGGAUGUUCUGACUGAGUUUUCUUACGAAAUGCUCCGACGUCAAGUAGAAAUUCAAAAUCAAUUUAUGAAAAAGGUACGCUACUUCUGCUCAUUCUCUAGCCCCAUCGUGUUCCUUAUCAAGAUGGCUCAAAAAGUGAGAAAUGUCAAUAUCUCACUAGAAAAAUCUAAGAACGAUGCAAAUAGCUUUGGGCUUAUAUUGAUGUCAUCUAAAGAUCCAAUUUCUCAAAUAAGAGCGAGUCGAGAGACCAACUCCGCCAUAGAUGAUUCAAAAUUUGGAAGGGAAAAUGAUGUAUUAACUAUAGUAAACAAGGUAACUGGCUCAUGCAGCAAUGGUCUCUCUGUAAUUCCUAUAGUGGGUAUGGGGGGCAUCGGGAAGACUACGCUUGCUCAACUAAUCUACAAUGAUGAGCGAGUGAAAGAACAUUUUGACGCAAGAAUUUGGGUAUGUGUAUCUGAAAAUUUUGAUGUCAAACGGAUUCUAAAAGAGAUUUUGGAAUCUCUUACUAAUAAAAAUGGUGGGAUUGAAAAUUUGGACACCAUCCUUAGAAAUAUUAAGGAUAAGUUGGAAGGGAAAAAAUAUCUUCUCGUACUAGAUGAUGUUUGGAAUGAAGAUGAGAAUAAGUGGGAAGAUUUCCGAAGUCGUCUGCUGCCAUUGAGUUCAAAAAAAGUGGGAAGCAACAUUGUUGUGACUACUCGGAGCGACCAAGUGGCUUCAAUUAUGAAGACACUUAGUCCUCAUCACUUGGGGAAACUAUCUGAAGAAAAUUGUCGGGCGAUAUUUGAGCAAAAGGCAUUUGUAGACGGUGGAGCACUGAAGACUCAAGAUUUUAUUGAUAUAGGAAGGGGUAUUGUGAAAAAAUGUGGGGGCGUGCCACUAGCAGCAAAGGUGCUGGGAGGGAUCAUGCGUUUUAAGAGGGAGAAGCAAGAGUGGUUGUCCAUUUUGGAAAGCGAAAGAUGGAAUUUACCAGAAAGUGAGGAUGGGAUCAUAGCAGCAUUGAAGUUGAGCUUUGACAAUUUGCCAUCGGCUUCUUUGAAACAAUGCUUCGCAUACACUGCAAUUUUCCCCAAGGAUUAUGUCAUUGAGAGAGUAAAGCUAAUCCAACUAUGGAUGGCUCAAGGAUUUCUUGAGUCAUCUCAAAAGUGCAGUUUGGUGAUGGAAGACAAAGGUAAUGAGUACUUCAAAAUCCUGUUGCAGAAUUCCUUGUUUCAAGAUGUUGAAAGGGAUGAAUAUGGGGAUAUCGAAACAUGCAAGAUGCAUGAUCUUGUGCAUGACCUUGCACAAUCUGUUUCCAAAUCUGAAAUCCUGGUUUUGGAGGGUGGAUAUCAGGUGAAUGAAAUCCCUGCAGUCCGACAUUUAUCAUUGACAGAUUAUGAAGAAGGGAAGCACAUAGUUGGGAAGGACAAUGGUAAAAAAUUACGCACCUUAAUUUUAUCAGGGGUUGUUAAUGUUUCCGAUGAGGUGUUAGUUAACUCAAAAUGCUUGAGAGUUUUAGAUUUAAGCCGGAGUGAUAUUAAGGUUCUGCCAGAUUCUGUUGGGAAGUUGAAACAUUUGAAGUGCCUUGGUAUCUCCCGUACUAAAAUUGGAAGGUUGCCGGAUUCAAUUACCAAGCUAUACCAUCUGCAGACGUUGGAUAUGGAGUACUGUUAUGAGAUGCAGGAGCUACCAAAAGAAAUGAGAGCAUUAAUCAACUUGAGACAUUUGGGACUUGACCCUAUCAAUGCAGUGAGAAUAAUGAUGGACGGACCGAUUGAGAUGAGGCGGUUAAUUCAUUUGCGGACGUUGCCGGUGUUUGUGGUGGGUCGGGGCAGGGGACGCCGGAUUGAAGAGCUGGAACCCUUGAAAGAGCUCAGAGGACAAUUAUGGAUUUGCGAUCUACAGCAUGUGAGGGGUAAAGAAGAAGCAGAAAAGGCGAAUUUGAAGGGAAAGAAAAACAUUGAAACAUUGGUGCUUCAAUGGGGUAAUGAUGAUGAGGUUGGGAUUGGUGAUUAUGACGAUGAGGUGUUGGAAGGACUGCAACCACACUUAGAUCUGAAGCGGCUUAUCAUUAAAGGAUUUUGGGGUAUUGCUGUGUCACCAUCGUGGAUGGCGAAGUUGUUGAAUCUUCAGGUGUUGGAGAUUGGCAGUUGCCCUAAAUUGAAAUCCAUUCUUUCCCCGAAUUUAGAGGGCUUCCCGCCCUUCCUUCGAGAGCUGAAAGUCUACAGGUGUGAAGAAUUGACGUCUCUGCAAUUCUGUACAUCUCUCAAGACAUUAAGCAUACGGGAGUGCCCAAAUCUGGAAUCUGUGCCGGCUGAUUUACUAAAAUUGCACUCCCUCUCAGAUUUAAGUAUUUGGAAGUGCAAAAGGCUGAGUAGUUUGCCGGAAGGGCUAUUGUGCUGCCUCCCCGACUUGAAGAGACUAGAGAUCGGAUGGUUGAAUGAGAAGCUGGAUAGUUUCCCCUCACUUCUCUGCAGCACCAACCACGGCCACCACCACUGUCACCACCAAUUCCAGCUUGAAGAACUACUUCUGUAUGGUUGGCGUAAGCUCAAGUCACUGCCCAACCAUGAACAUGAACAACUUCUUCUUCCCCGCCUCUCUUCCCUACAAUUUCUCGCGAUUGAGGAGUUUCGUGGUUUGGAAGCUCUGCCGGGGUUGCUUCCGAAAAAUCUUCGACAUCUAUUUCUUUCGCAUUGCAAAAUCAACAAGCGUCUGGUGGAAUCCGUGCGAAGCGUCGCCAAAUCAAGAAACUUGACUGUUGAAUACUGGCCUAAGCCCUAAGAUGUUAGAAAUCCUGACAGACGAGUGGAGCGAGCCCCGUAAUAGAGGAGUUCGUUGGUAUUACCUCAGUUGCAAGGUAAGUAGUCGAGUUGGAAGCAGGAUGGAUUUUUGGGGUUUAUAUGUGUAUAUGUAGAAACAGUGAAACUCUAGUAUUGUAUAUAAGUUAAGUGCAUUAUAGUUCCACUACUUAAAUGACAUGUAUGUACAAACAGGUAAAUUCCCGGUACCUAUGGGUCGGGUUGACUUUGACUAUGUUCUAUGGUAUUAGAGUAUUAUUAGUAUAAAA